GCUACGUGUGCCGCCUGGCCAUUCAAACUGUCAAUUUUAGGUCCAGAAGUGUCCAAACGACAAGUUCUCAAAACUCUCUGAAAUAUGGCUCCCUCCGAGUUAAGCAAUUCUGAAAGGCAUUCUCUGGGAAAAGUCUGUGGAAGAGAGAGGGAUCUUCUUGCAAAUAAUGUGGUCUCAGGCAAGGACACAGCAUCUUGGCUGUCUGCUAAAAAAAAAAAAAAAAAUGCCUAGACUCUCAGUGGAAAUUGAGUGUCAAGCUGCAAAAUCUCAAAUGGCAGACUAUCAUCAUUUAAGGAAGGCAGGAGAGAGCCCUCGGCAGGGAGGACGGAGCUGGCAGGCCCUCGCCAGGUCUUGGGGCCUUUUCCGCAGGGUUUCUGCGAGUCUGGGGAGCGCGCCGCGUCCGGGGAAACGUGAGUUCGGGCUUGGGUUUUCUGCGGUGACAUCCUGGCUUUGGUGAUGAAGUGGGACGGAUGCGCAGACAGUUGGUAAUGUUCUGAUUCACGCUGGGGAAAGCUGCAGAGAUACCACAGGACGGGCGCGCGGCUUUGUUCACUUUUCCCGGCGUUCAUAAAUCACCCGCGCCGGGCGAGCGAGGGAGCAAGCGAGCGCCAAAAACGCGGAGAGAGAGGCCACGGCAGCGGCGGCAGCCAUUGUAGAGUGAGAGACCUGGGCAGCAUCUCUCUGUGACUCAUUAGUCUGAACGAUUUAUGGGGGACAGCAGCCAUGAAUAUUAGACUUGGAGAUAAGGAAACAGCAAAAAUAAUAAUAACCAUAAUAAUUACAUACUCCUAAGUGUCACGCAGGGGAGUGGUGGGUGGCGGCAUAGCGGAUCUUUCUGGGAUGAAAUGGAGAGGCAAAGUGCAGGAUGGCUGAGUCCACCUUGCUCAUGGUCAUACCAGGAGCCCCAAGACCAGGGGGCACUCCCUUUGGGGACACAGAAAGCAAGUUUGAACAAGAGAAAGGGGGCGCAGCGUGGAUCCUGAGUCCUUUUCCUUUGGUUUGUGGGGGCUACGGGUCGAAUGGUGGCAGAGCGCAGCUACCGGUGUGCGGCCACUUGUUCAACGUGCUAGGGGGCUCCGAAGCCAGGGGUCAGGGGACUCCUCAGCUAUUUGAUAGCCCCUCUUAGCGCUAUCUACAGAACUGCGUGAAGGCAAACAGACAGCGGAGGGCUGGUUUGGGGCAGGCUGGGGUAAGAGGUUACCUGGGUCUGAGUGAAGGGCUAGUGGGGGCAGGGAUAGGUCUGUAGACACACAGGGCCCGCAGAGUCCCAGCGGAGCGCAGAACUUCUCCAAGCCAGGGUCCGGCGAGCGGACGAUUCUUUGCCCCUUCCCCAGCCUCUCCCACUCCCAGAAAGCUGACUGCCGGCUCAGUGACCAUUUGCUGGUUAGAGGGCAAGAGAGGGUUGCAAACACUGUGAGGGACGAGAUUUGAGCAGAAAUAAGGCAUCAAAUCGGCUUGUGGCCGCUGCGCAAGGCCAGGCAGGAGCAGGGCCCCUGAGCAGGUAUUGUACCAGCCGGCGUCCCUCCCAGUUUCCAGCAGCCUUAGCUGGUCUGCCCUGAGGGACUAGGUGCUGCGGUAGCCCCGCCAGCCCACUAGGACCUAGAAAGAACGCACCCAGAAUUGAAUAAACCAGAACACAAAACCUCCCAAGACUGCCUCUGGCCAGUGGACUGAACCCGGGUCUGAUUUCGCGCCUACAGAAAUGAACACAUAUUAGUGAGGUUUCAGGAGAGUCCGUGAUUGAAUGCUCCCAGACAAGGCUUCCUUUUGUUAGGAAAGGAAAAUAAGGCGAGCAUUCACAUUCUCCAAGUUGUGGUGCCUGAGGAGAGAGCUCUCUGAAAGCAGCCCACACCACCAGCAAAGCCACUUCCACCUUCUCAGCUUCCUCUGUUUGCUUCAUUUUCUUUCCUUCCCCACCCCCCCCCCAAAAAAAAAGAAAGAAAAAGGAGAAAGUAUGGGUGUGGAGAUGGAAGCGCCUGGACACCGGAAAAGGCGAUUCCCUGAGCGCCUGGAGUUGGAGACAAUUCCUGGUUCAGAUUUAAACAUCUUUCUAGGUCUGCGCGGGGCGGCCAUUGGCGGCGGAGUGUCACGUGACCGCGGGGGCGUGCCAAUGUGCGCCCUCACGGGUGUCAAACCCCUGUCAGAGUGUGCGAUCAAGAUCGUGAAACAACGCAAUGCAAAAAGCGACCUACUACGACAGCUCGGCGAUCUACGGUGGCUACCCCUACCAGGCAGCCAACGGGUUCGCUUAUAAUGCCAAUCAGCAGCCGUACCCGGCGUCCGCCGCUUUGGGCGCAGACGGCGAGUACCACCGACCUGCCUGCUCCCUCCAGUCUCCCUCCAGCGCCGGGGGCCACCCCAAGGCACACGAACUGAGUGACGCGUGCCUGCGCACCCUGAGCGCCCCACCUAGCCAGCCUCCAAGCCUGGGCGAGCCGCCCCUGCACCCGCCGCCGCUCCAGGCCGCGCCCCCUGCCCCACAGCCGCCUCAGCCCCCACCUCAGCCCCCUGCACCUACCCCUGCUGCGCCCCCGCCUCCCUCUUCUGUCUCCCCUCCUCAGAAUGCCAGCAACAACCCUACCCCUGCCAACGCGGCCAAGAGCCCCCUGCUCAACUCACCCACAGUGGCCAAACAAAUCUUCCCCUGGAUGAAAGAGUCUCGACAAAACACAAAGCAGAAAACCAGCAGCUCCAGCUCAGGCGAAAGCUGCGCUGGCGACAAGAGCCCGCCGGGGCAGGCUUCGUCCAAGCGCGCGCGCACGGCCUACACGAGCGCGCAGCUGGUGGAGUUGGAGAAAGAGUUCCACUUCAACCGCUACCUGUGCCGGCCGCGCCGGGUGGAGAUGGCCAAUCUGCUGAACCUCACUGAGCGCCAGAUCAAGAUCUGGUUCCAGAAUCGCCGCAUGAAGUACAAAAAGGAUCAGAAGGGCAAGGGCAUGCUAACGUCAUCGGGGGCCCAGUCUCCAAGUCGCAGCCCCGUGCCCCCCGGCGCCGGUGGCUAUCUGAACUCUAUGCAUUCGCUGGUCAACAGCGUCCCGUAUGAGCCGCAGUCGCCCCCGCCCUUCUCCAAGCCCCCCCAGGGUACCUACGGGCUGCCCCCUGCCUCCUACCCUGCGUCCCUGCCCAGCUGCGCACCCCCGCCACCCCCACAGAAGCGCUACACGGCGGCAGGGGCGGGCGCAGGGGGCACCCCCGACUAUGACCCGCACGCUCAUGGCCUGCAGGGCAACGGCAGCUAUGGGACCCCACACAUACAGGGAAGCCCCGUCUUCGUGGGGGGCAGCUAUGUGGAGCCCAUGAGCAACUCCGGGCCAGCCCUCUUUGGUCUAACUCACCUCCCCCACGCUGCCUCGGGCGCCAUGGACUAUGGGGGCGCCGGGCCGCUGGGCAGCGGCCACCACCACGGGCCGGGGCCUGGGGAGCCGCACCCCACCUACACGGACCUUACCGCCCACCAUCCUUCUCAGGGAAGAAUUCAGGAAGCACCCAAGCUCACCCACCUGUGAUGGUGGGCUCGGGGCUACGCGCCAGGAGAGUCUCCCCCCACCCACCUUUUUUCUUUGGUUGCUUUUUUUUUUUUUUUUAAGGUUCUUCCUGCCCUUUCCUUCCUUCCUUCCUUUUCUCUCUUCUCCGCCCCGCACUCCAUUUCCCGGUUUCCCCCCUCGUUGGUAAGGCGUUUUUAUAGUUUAUGUGACGUAGCAAUCUUGGUUGCUGGAAUGGCUGUAUCAUAGCGAUAUUUAUCUCUUCCUGCUCCUCGAUAGGCCACUGGCCCUGCACCCUUUACCUUCUCCACUCUUUGAUCAGAAACAGGGUAUAUGAACAAAUUUUCUAGUCGAGUUUUCAAUGUGAAUUUGUUCUUACAUUAUGGCUCCCGAGGGGAAGCGAUUACUUUUUUUAAUUUUAAUUUUUUUUAAAUUGCACUUCUUGUAAAGAGUGAGAAAAAAAUCAAAGGCGCUUUGAAACAGGGGCUCCCUGUGCAAGGAUGACUAAGUGUACGUCUUUCCGUGUGUGUAUGCUGGUGAACAGUCAGAUUUAUUUAUAUUUUUUUGCAAGCAUUGAAUAAUCUAAGUUUUAAAUAUUAUUUAUCCCCAUCCGUUCGUAUUUAUAUUAAAGAAAUUCUGUACCCUGAUGGUUCAGAAGGGUUCUUGGGCCUUUUGUUCAAUUGUGUAUUGGCGUACUUAGAAUUUUUUUUAUUUGAAAGAGAAAUAUAAUUCCUUUAAACGGUAAUGAUGCAAUAAAACCAGAGAAGAUACAGCUUUUGAAAACAGUGAUUUAGGUUUGUAACAUCCGGCAAAACUGAAAAAAAAAUCUGUAAACGCGAAAAAUACUAGAUUUGUUUUGAGAUUUCUACAUUCCUUGCUGCUCACAUUCUGAGAAACAAAAAGAAAUAAAGUUUUUAUUCUGAAUAA